CGCUCCCUGCGUCCCGGCUCCCGGACUCCCGCCGCGCUCUCUCCGACCGCUUCUCGCUAUUUCCGCCCUUGGUGCGUGGUCCUGCUUGCGACUCGAGUGAGUAGGAAGGAUGCCCGUCUGGGGAGGUGGCAACAAGUGCGGGGCCUGUGGGAGGACUGUGUACCACGCAGAGGAGGUGCAGUGCGAUGGCCGGAGCUUCCACCGCUGCUGCUUCCUGUGCAUGGUUUGCAGGAAAAAUUUAGAUAGUACAACAGUGGCAAUUCACGAUGACGAGAUCUACUGCAAAUCCUGCUAUGGAAAGAAGUACGGGCCGAAGGGCUAUGGGUACGGCCAGGGCGCGGGCACACUCAACAUGGACCGGGGCGAGAGGCUGGGCAUCAAGCCCGAGAGUGUUCAACCUCACAGGCCUACGACAAAUCCAAAUACUUCUAAAUUUGCUCAGAAAUACGGAGGUGCUGAGAAGUGUUCCAGAUGUGGGGAUUCUGUGUACGCUGCCGAGAAGAUCAUUGGAGCUGGAAAGCCCUGGCACAAAAACUGCUUCCGAUGUGCCAAGUGUGGGAAGAGUCUUGAGUCAACAACUCUGACUGAGAAAGAAGGUGAAAUCUAUUGUAAAGGAUGCUAUGCGAAAAACUUUGGGCCCAAGGGAUUUGGCUAUGGCCAAGGAGCAGGAGCCCUUGUUCAUGCUCAGUAGAGGUGCAAACCCAAGACCAAGAUCACACACUGAGAAGCUCUACAUAAUCUAGGCACAGAUAAUCUAACAAACACUAAACUACUGUGAAAUUCUACCAGUACUUAAGUACUGUAUGUUGCCCUGUACUUGGAUAGGCCAGCUGACUAGUAGGAAGAGAGCACUAUAUCUUUUCGCUUUAUUCAUCAGCAUUUCAAGAACCAUUUCUUUUACGUUUUAAAUAAAACUUCAGCUUAA